CUGAAAGUCCACUGUAGCAGAGACAGUAGGUCGAGUGAGACAAGCUUGGCGACGAGGAUCACUAUUGACGACACUUGGAGAAUGGGAAUUCUUCAGUCUGUCAACGCAUGCGCCAUGAACACUACCACUUACCACAGAAUUGGGGGGCCAAUAUUAUGAUUAGGCCAAAAGGCAUAAAGAAAAAGUAGGCCUAUAUGCAAUAAACAUGUCAUCCCUUAAACAUGUUAAAGAUGUUGCAAAAUUUGACGAUAUGCACAGAAUCGUCAAUACAUCAUCUGCAGAAACAUUCCUAUGCUAUUCAAAAUUUCUUAGUGCAUCAGAGUCCUUGGUAUUUGGAGUUUCUGAUGGGAUUGAUGUGUGGCAGGUAGUCCUUGACAAAGCUGAAUUGGAGGAGAUGAAAGAUCUGGCAAAUAUUUCCCAUUUGGAUGCAUAUCUUGGAAAGUUUAGGUCCGCUUUUUUAUCCAAUCAAAUUGAUGUAUCACAAGUUGGGACAAAAAUUAUAUUGACUGUUGGGCAAGGGACAAGUGCUUUCUCUUACGACCUUUAUGAGAUGAAAUCGGCAGAGAAGACAACAGAACUUCAGGCAUUACUGUUUAAGUUUGCAGAAAAAGUGAGUUCAUUGGAAACACAGCUAAAAAAUGCCCAGCAGAAUGUGGACACUCUGUCAAAACAGAACAAAGGAGGUUCAACAGGAUUUUUAGACUUUGACUCUGGGAAAAAGACUGGAGCAAAAGUGCAGCCCAAAAAAGCUGGCAUGAGUGUGAUAAACCCUUCGAGCAAAAAACGGAAAGCAGCUCAGGGUGUUGUCUUUGACUGAAAAUUACUUGUAUGUAGGUUCUGGACCAGUAGGAAUAGCAGUUAUCAAUGUGUAUAAGAAGCAUUUAUUUGCACACAAGUAGAAUGUAAAAUUCUUCAUCAAAACUGACUGUCGGAGCUUUGUCAGACCAAUCAAGUUUCGGACCAACAGAGCUGUCAUAAACACUAAGGAUGCUUACCAUGCUUGUGCAGCUCAGAAAAUAAAGGUCUUGAAGAUUGGUCAAUACCUGAGCACAUCUUGCUUGAUGGGAGUGGCAAAUGAAACCUUCCUUAGAUCAGCCAAAAUGUAGUCUUUUGUUUUUGAUCAGAGGUAUGAUUAAUUUCAGAAAACCGACAGGUAGGAAGAUAUUUUUGAGGAUCAUCGUAUCUACUGUAAGAAUGAGGUAUUGGAAGAUGUGUUUUCUAUACAGAACAAGUUAUGAUGACCAACACAAGAUCUUGGCAAAAUGGGCCAUUCUCAUUUUUGUGAGAAAAUAGUCUGAAAUAAUGUUACAUGUAUGUUGUCAAAUAAACUUUACAAUAUUAA